CGGUCUCUUUCUUCCCUCCCUUUUAAGCUUCUCUCUCGCCUCCCCUUCUCCUCCCCCCCAGAACUGGGGUCGCCUUUAACAAGCUACGGUAUUUGUUCCUUAGCUAAGGCGAAAAUAAUAAUAAUAAUAAUAAUAAAAAAUAAAGGCAGCGGCAGGAAGAGGCAGCAAGCAAGCAAGCGGCGCCGAAGCCGAGGGGCGGAAGGCGGACUGUAGCGAGAGAAAGGGGCGGACCAGAGGGGAUGGCACGCAAGCGCGAAGGAAGCUCGGAGAGCCCCACGCGGGCGCUCGCGGAGCCUCGGCGCUGGUUCUUUCAGUUCAGCCGUGCAGGGGCCUCGGGGCUGUAGGGAGUCGGCGGCGGAGUGAGCCGCCCCCUAUUGGGAGAGCGGAGCAAGGCGGGCAAAUUCCGGACCAGGGUUGGUUUGAAAGGCGGAGCGGCAGCCGCUCUCGCCCUGCCCGCCCGGCCAGCCAGCCAUGGGGUAAAAGGGAGCGAGCGGACACCGAAACAAUAAAGCGGCUGGUGCUCCCGGGCUCCUCCCGCCGCUGACAGCGCCUGGCCGAGUGCGGGUGAAAGGAGCGAAGAUGCCGGGGACCGGCAGGCGUUGACCGACCCACCGACCGACGCGCUAGCAGGAGAAGGAAGCCAAAGUGAAGCAAGGCGGUUGAGAAAGCGCGCGGUGGAUGCGUUUCGGGGUUUGGAGCGGCGGCAGCAGCAGCAGCAAAGGGAGAGGCGGAGGUCGGCAGGAGCGGAGAAAUGAUCGCGGAGUUGGUGAGCAGCGCCCUGGGGCUCGUCCUCUACCUCAAUACCCUGGGCGCGGAUUUCUGCUACGACGACAGAUGUCCUAUCUAACAGAGGCACUUUGGAGAUAUUACAGACCAGAAUAAGAAAAGCACCUCUCAAUGUCAAAUGACAUGGAGAUAGCAGUGGCAAAGUGAUUGAGGCCGAGCAAUCAAGACAAACCAAGAUCUUCUUCCUGAAACACCAUGGACGCAGUUAUUCUACAAUGACUUUUGGGGCACUCUUCUGACCCACAGCGGGAGCCAUAAAUCCUACAGACCUCUCUGCACACUCUCUUUUCGCAUUAACUAUGCUAUUGGAGGAAUGGAUCCUUGGAGUUACCAUCUUGUAAAUGUCCUUCUACAUGCAGCAGUCACGGGUCUUUUCACUAAUUUUUCUCGAGUGCUGUUUGGUGAUGGACACUGGACCUUACUAGCUGGUUUGCUGUUUGCUUCUCAUCCCAUUCACACUGAAGCAGUGGCAGGGAUUGUGGGAAGAGCUGAUAUUGGAGCUUGCCUUUUCUUUCUGCUCUCCCUGGUCUGUUACAUUAAACACUGCUGUACAAGAAGCUACUCAGAAGGAACCUGGGGCUGGAUCUUGGGUGCCGGUCUGUGUGCCACAUGCAGCAUGUUAUGGAAGGAGCAAGGAGUGACCGUGCUGGCAGUGUCAGCCGUUUAUGAUGUAUUUGUAUUUCAUAGGCUAAAAAUGCACCAAAUCGUUCCUGCUGUAUAUAAGAGGAAGAAUUGGCCUCUUCUUUUGAGCAUUGGUUUAUUGAUCUUCUGGGGAGCUUUAUUGCUGGGUCUUCGCUUCUACUGGAUGGGGAACAAACCUCCCAGCUUUUCCAACUCUGACAAUCCAGCAGCUGACUCAGAUAGUUUUUUAACACGAGCUCUGACCUUUUUUUAUUUGCCAACCAAAAACCUUUGGCUGCUCUUGUGCCCAGACACUCUUAGCUUUGAUUGGUCCAUGGAUGCUGUGCCUCUUCUCAAAACAAUCUAUGACUGGAGGAACCUACAUACAGUGGCCUUUUAUGCUGGACUCCUCCUCCUUACUUAUACCAGUAUGAGAAAUUCCAGCAUAGAAAGAGAAGGCAAUGGGAAAAGUAUAACAAAUGGUAGACUUAAUGGCAAUGGUCACAACUACCUAUCUGAACUGGAAUAUAAAGAGUUGAGGUCCAGUUUUGCAUCUAAAGAAGAAAAUGGCAUUAACAAAGGCUUACCACAAAAACCACACAUCCCUUCAACAGAGAAUAUUGUGGUUCUGUCACUGUCUUUAUUAAUUGUUCCUUUUAUUCCUGCCACAAACUUAUUUUUUUAUGUAGGCUUUGUGAUAGCAGAGCGUGUGUUGUAUAUACCUAGUAUGGGCUUCUGCCUCUUGAUCACUGUGGGCACAAGAGCCCUUUAUGUCAAAGUCCAAAAGCGCUUUCUGAAGAACUUGAUUUUUUUGGCUACUGCUGCAUUAAUUUUUUUUUACGGACUGAAGACAUUUGUCAGGAAUGGGGACUGGCAGAAUGAAGAGAUGCUGUAUAAAUCAGGGAUUAAAGUAAAUCCAGCUAAAGCAUGGGGUAACCUUGGAAAUGUUUUGAAGAGCCAGAGUAAGAUUUCUGAAGCUGAAAGCGCCUAUAGGAAUGCCUUGUAUUACCGCAGCAACAUGGCUGAUAUGCUUUAUAAUUUGGGAUUAUUAUUGCAGGAGAACAACAGAUUUUCAGAAGCACUGCAUUAUUAUAAAUUGGCUAUUGGAAGCAGACCUACUUUAGCCUCUGCUUAUUUAAAUACUGGUAUCAUCUUAAUGAAUCAAGGCAAGGCUGAGGAAGCCAAGAAGACAUUUUUGAAGUGUUCAGAGAUUCCUGAUGAAAACUUAAAAGAUCCUCAUGCUCAUAAGAGUUCUGUUACUAGCUGCCUUUAUAACCUGGGGAAACUUUACCAUGAACAAGGACAGUAUGAGGAUGCCCUUAUAGUUUACAAAGAGGCGAUACAGAAAAUGCCAAGACAGUUUGCACCACAGAGUUUAUAUAAUAUGAUGGGAGAAGCCUACAUGAGACUUAGCAGAUUCUCUGAAGCAGAACAUUGGUAUGUGGAAUCACUGCAUUCUAAAACUGAUCACAUUCCAGCUCAUCUCACAUAUGGGAAACUUCUUGCUUUAACGGGUCGCAAAAGAGAGGCAGAAAAAUAUUUCUUAAAGGCAAUUCAGUUGGAUCCUAUGAAGGGAAACUGUUAUAUGCAUUAUGGCCAGUUUCUGUUAGAAGACUCUCGGUUGAUGGAAGCAGCAGAGAUGGCCAAGAAAGCAGCUGAGUUGGAUAAUACAGAGUUUGAUGUUGUGUUCAAUGCGGCUCAUAUGCUUAGACAAGCUAGUCUCAAUGAAGCAGCUGAAAAAUAUUACAAAAUGGCAGCUGAGCUAAGACCUAAUUACCCAGCUGCCUUAAUGAAUUUGGGAGCUAUUCUUCAUCUCAAUGGCAAACUUUUGGAGGCUGAAUCAAACUAUCUUCAUGCCCUUCAGUUUAAACCCGAUGAUGUCAUCACACAAUCAAAUCUUCGCAAACUCUGGAAUAUUAUGGAAAAACAAGGCUUAAGAACAACCAAAACAUAAUGCAGGGUUUUUAAAAAGUGUUGUUGUUGUUGUUUUUUGUUUGCAAAAAGUUUUAAAAAAUAAAAUCCAAAAUAACUUUUGGAGCACUGUUUUGUUGAGUGCUCUUGCUAACUAAGCUGUAAUUGUCAAAGGUUGUAAUUGCUGCUAGGAGAACCUACAGGGCUGCAUUUUGAUGUUUCAAAUUGAAAAUGAGAAAGGGGUAGAAUCUUUUUGAUAAGUUUCAUGAAGGACUUAAUAAUUAUUGCCAAAAUCCAGAAAAUUAAAAAAAAAAACCUGAAACUGGAGCACCGGAAAGGGACUCACUUUAGCAUAUUCACUAGGGCAUAUUAGUCAUUCUCACUUUGGUCAUUUUUAUGUGGUUUCUGAUACAAAGGUUGUGUUGGCCUUCUGAGCAUCCUUUCGGCCAACUAAGAAUUUAGAAGAGGAUAAAGAAAUUUAUUUUCUUAGGCUGUAAUUCAUUAAAUGUAUACUAAAACUAAAUGUGUUUGCUAUUUGUCUUGAUAUUGUAUAACUCCACAGACCUGCCUAUUGAGCUAAUUCACAUACUAGCUCAACUAUUUGAAAAAAAAAAUUGAAAGAUGUGGUUUCAUGUCUAAUCUUCACUGGCAAAUACAUAUUGUUAGCCUGUUUAGUUGGUUGGCUGGUUGGCUGUGAAUUAUUCUCUGAAAGUGUAGAAACAAGCAACAAUGAAGGCAACUUGGAAUGAAGAAUUAACUCUAUACAAUAGUACUGAAUGAAGUAAAUGAAGAAUUAAGGCAAGCUCUCUGUCCUCUUGUAAUGUACUAUGCUCCAAAGUCUGAAUAGUCAAUUACUUUAAAAAGUACAGCAGGUUGCUGAAACUAUACUGUACAGUAAAUGCUUCUGUGUUUGCUUUGCCCUGGUUGAAGAUGGGAGUGAUCUGUACUUUAAAACAGAAGCUAUCCACUGGGUUGGAAAAUUGAAUCUUGCUCAUGACUUCAGCUUUGUUAUGUUUUGUUGCUUUAACCAGCUUGCCUUACUUCCAAGAUCAGAUCAGUGUUAAGCUGGAGAGCCGUGUCUAUAGUAAUGAGAUGUAAAGUAUGGAUUUAUCUUUGUUCUCAUCAACAAUAUGUAUUUUAUUAAAAAAGAAAUGCAUUUGUAUACAGACAUUUUAAAUAUGAACUGGAUAGACAUAUGAAGAAGCAACAUGAAUUUUUUGCCUUUUAGUACAUUGAAAGCAAAGGAUAGAGCAGUGUAGGUGAACAUGUUACUAACAUUGUUUUUGAAAAUAUGCAAACACUUGCAUCUGUACACGCUGUAGAUUGCAUCAAGCGCACACAAAGCAAAUUACUAUCUCCACUGAUAUCCAGGUUGCCAGCUUGUGUAAAUAUACUUUCAAAGUAUGUUGUCAUUGGAUUAACAACAAAUUUGUAGGCAUGCAUUUGGUGAAUGCAUUUUUGAAACGUUAGCCGCAGGAUUUACCAGCUGUUUGUGAAAAAUAAACUAUUGUGCUAUCUGCAAAAAACUAAAAGAGUUUAAUAUUUUAAAUAAAUAUUUAGUGAAUCCACAAGGUGUUAGACUAAAAGGAAUUAUGUGACUGACAAUAGCUGCCAAUUAUUUUUGCAUUUAUUUAACUAUUUAUAGUUGAAGAGAAAAAUGUGUGCAGAUUCUAACCCAAUUCUGCAUUCUUUUUUUUUGUUUCAUAUUUCAAUUUAUUUAGCCUAAUUGUUAUGAUUUGCAUAAAAGCAUCAUUUAAAAACUAGACCAUUUAUCAAUUCCCUUUAUUAUUAACUAGGCAAAUUACGCUAUAAUUUCAAAAUGGUAUAUAUACCCAUCAGUCAUUUUUAGAUCAGUUUGACUGGCACCAAAGAGCUACUGUAGACAUAUCCAAGGGCUUGCCAUGGCUGGCUUAAUUUUUCAUCUAGGAAACACAUGUUGUUAGUUGCGAAGUUGUGUGACCCAUCGCGACCCCAUGGACAACUUUCCUCCAGGCCUUCCUGUCCUCUACCAUCCCCCUGAGACCAUUUAAGCUCACGCUGACUGCCUCAGUGACUCCAUCCAGCCACCUCAUUCUCUGCCUCAUAGGAAACACAUAGCCAAUUCUAAAUUCAUACCUAAAGCCACUUCGAAUUAAAAUGGGAAGCAUGGAUAGUUUCUUCAGAAAUAGAGAGCUAGUUAUGUGAUCCUUUGCAUCCUGGCACUAUAUUCUGCAACAUCCAUAGAUUGAAGAUUAGGUGUCUCUAAGAAUCCUCCCUAUGUUAACAAAAAGUGUUUGUAUUGAAUAUCAUUCAAUUGUUACUACUUUGGAACUGAUGCAUUGUUGAAAGUUUUUAUUUGCCAACUGUAGCAAAUAGUCAUUAGCUAGGAUUCCACAACUGUUGCUAGUCUUCUGGUUGCUUUUCAUGGUGUGCUUUUAAAUGUUUAAAGAACGUAUUGGUAUUUAGAAGGAAACAGGAACACAUUUAUUCUGUGCAUUUUAGUCACCCCAGUUUUCUAUGUCGACUUAUUAAGGAACAAUGGGCUAUUUUCUCAGCAUAACCACAAUUUAUGUCAUCCUUGGUGAUACUCUGAGCUUUCUUGAUUUUUCAUUAGGAGUACCAUUGUUAGAAACAUUUUAUUAUUAGGCACCACCUUCCAAUUUCUGUUUUCUUACAUUAGGCUAUUUUAUUUUAAAGCUUUGUGCAGAUGAGUGACCUUUCAAUUUUUUCCUACCAGGUGCAGUUCCAGAAACUGUUUUAUGGGAUAGAAAAAACUAAAAUGUUAACCAGUGAAAUUCAAUAUUUUCAUUGUUAUGCAUUCAGCUAUGGAUAAAUUGCAAUGUUAGCUACUGUUUAUUUAACUGAACAAUGUACUGUUGCAUCAUUUUCUCAAAACUGUAAAAUCAAAUGCUGUAUUAAUGAUGAAGAUUGAAUUUUUAGCAUCAUCCUAUGCAUGUAUACUCAAGAAUGAAUUCAAUUAAAUUCAGUGGGUCGAACCCAUGGAAUUGUGUAUAGGAUAGCAAUUUAACUGUAUUAGUAAGACAUUCUGAAAUGUUAAAUUUCAGCAUCAGAUGCAAGGUCAACUUCCUAGUUGUAACAUUUCAUUUUUCAUUAUACCAUCUCCCUUUUUAUUAUAUUUCUUAUACACUAGAUUUCAAUGAAGUUGUACAGGUGUUUUACUUGUCUCAAAUCGAACAAUGACAAAUUGUUAAAAUAAAAUCUUGUUUUUCCAUGCAUUUUCAGUAUUGGGUUAGGCUUUAUAUCUCUCAAUUUUCAAAUAAGUUUAAAAUUGUUGUCUCUGCUCAGGGAUUUGUGGUGGAUAUUGCAGACAGUGCUUAAAAAUAAGAGCACAAAUUUACUAAAUUAAAUUUUUAUUUUUUGAGAAAACAUAUUUGUAUAAAUUAUCAAGAUUUGUAGGGUUUCCUUUUUGUAGAAAUAAUUGUUUAUGUGCCAG